UGUAGUUGCUCACUCAGUUGGCUGCUGUUCUCUGUCUUUCUCUCUCCCUCUCAAAUUUAGGUUAUCGAAUUCGCCUAGGCUCUAGUACUGACAAGAAGGACACAGGCAGGCUCCAUGUUGAUUUUGCACAGGCUCGGGAUGACCUGUAUGAGUGGGAGUGUAAACAGCGCAUGCUAGCAAGAGAGGAGCGCCACCGUAGACGGAUGGAAGAAGAAAGACUGCGUCCACCGUCCCCACCCCCAUUGGUUCACUACUCAGAUCACGAAUGCAGCAUUGUUGCUGAAAAACUAAAAGAUGAUUCCAAAUUUUCAGAAGCUGUGCAGACCUUACUUACCUGGAUAGAGCGAGGAGAAGUAAACCGUCGUAGUGCCAACAACUUCUACUCCAUGAUCCAGUCAGCCAACAGCCAUGUCCGCCGUCUGGUGAACGAGAAAGCCACCCAUGAAAAAGACAUGGAAGAAGCAAAGGAGAAGUUCAAGCAGGCCCUUUCUGGAAUUCUCAUUCAAUUUGAGCAGAUAGUGGCUGUGUACCAUUCUGCCUCCAAACAGAAGGCAUGGGACCACUUCACUAAAGCCCAGCGUAAAAACAUCAGUGUUUGGUGCAAACAAGCUGAGGAAAUUCGCAACAUUCAUAAUGAUGAAUUAAUGGGAAUCAGGCGAGAAGAAGAAAUGGAAAUGUCUGAUGAUGAAAUAGAAGAAACAACAGAAACGAAAGAAACUGAGGAAUCAGAUCUCCCACCUCCUGCAACCCGAGAAAGACCACCAGGAUGCAAAACUGUAUUUGUGGGCGGCCUGCCUGAAAAUGGGACAGAGCAAAUCAUUGUGGAAGUAUUUGAACAGUGUGGAGAGAUAAUUGCUAUCCGGAAGAGCAAAAAGAACUUCUGUCACAUUCGCUUUGCUGAGGAGUACAUGGUGGACAAGGCCCUUUAUCUGUCUGGUAGGUUUAUAGAUGGGGGAAUUGUACCCACCAAGCACAAUGCAAAAUUGGGGAUCAGAGAAUUUGCAUUUGUAGCAGAUAAACUGUAAGGUUACCUCCUUUUGCCU